AAUACCCUGCCGCGCCCAACAAGGCCAGCAGGGGUUUAUGCGUCCCGUCAUGGGUAGCCGCUUCACGAGCUCCCUCUUUGGCUGUUCGGCUGACACCAUGAGACCGGCCUGGCCAAGUUGUUUGCUUUGUGGCUAAAUUCCACCCCCCCUCCCCAUGUUAUUUCUGUUAUUGAAUUUUUUCAUGGAGCGAAGUGAAAGUUGCUGCAUACCUUCGAACCGAACGAAAUGCGGUAUGCCCAAAGUCCCAGGAGGCGAGUCUUGGGCAGUUUGAUUGUUUUCCUCGUCAUUGUUACGCUCCAUCGUCUAUCCGGGCCGGCUGGGUUGGUCGGCUUUGGUAAACACGCCGAUCGUGUGCAAAUUGCUUGUCGCAUAUGGCCGGACUGGGAGGGCUCAAGUCCAGCGCAGUUGGUUUACGAGAAUAUCGUGACGGAGCAAUCGCCCCACGCGUUCGUGGGAGAUGCUGCUUUUAUAGGAAAAAAGGAUCGAUGUCUUUUGGCCGUUUCCCGACUGAACCAAUACCAGUCGUCGCUGGAUCGCAACUGGGAUAAAGUGCGAUGGGGUGAGGUUCAGAAACGAUGCACUGCAGCCAAACUUGGACACUCUUUACCGGAGAAGGUUGAGAUGUUCGAUGUUUGGCAGCAGCCCCCGAAGCAAGCGGAGACAAAAUUUUCACCCAAGGAAAGGGGACAGACGGCAGUCGUUCUCCGAACAUGGAGUGAUUACAACUACACGGACAGUCGGCGGGUCUGGCUGCGCACCCUCAUUACAGAGACUUCUCUUCACUCCAGCGGUGACCACGAAGUUUUCUUCCUCGUCAACGUCAAAAACAAUAUCGAUCUGGAGGAUAGAGACACCUACGAUCGGGCACUUGGCGAAUUCGUUCCGGAAGAGUUCCGCGACAUGGCCUUAUUAUAUAAUUCAAGAAAAUUAGAGAAAUGGUAUCCAAAAGUCGCAGAACACGGAGCUCAGGACCAGAUGUACCAAGCCCUCCAGAUAUUUUCACACCAGUUUCCACACUUCACACAUAUAUGGCAACUGGAGAUGGACCUGCGUCUCACCGGCCACGUCCAUACCACGCUCGAAUCCGCCACCGCCUUCUCCCUUGCCCAGCCCCGCCGCAACAUUUGGGAACGCAACGGCCGCUUCUAUAUUCCUGCCCUCCACGGUAACUCCUACGAAGCCUUUGCGGCCGCCGUAGACUUGGACACUGGCGAAACGGGCAUCUGGGGCCCGCCCCAAACCACAGACUUCGAGCCUAAGGGCCCCAAACCACCGCCCCGUUCGCAUCGAAACUGGGGCGUUGAUGAAGACCCCGAUCUCAUCAGCCUGAUGCCCAUGAUUGACCCCAUCGGCACGGACUGGAUCUACGAAACCGAAAUACACAACUUUGCCGACGGAACGGCGACCCCGCGGCGCGCCGCCUUCGUGAGCAUGACACGGUCAUCGUGGCGUUUGUUACAGCUCGUCAGCGAGGCACAGCGCGAGCGCGGGCAGUGGCUCGUUAGCGAGGCCACACUCGAGACGUUCGCGCUGCUGCAUGGGCUCAAGGCCGUGUCGGUGCCGCACCCGAUCACCUUCGACAACAACAUGACGGCCGAGACAGUGGAGGCGGAUAUCAAUCGGGGGCCAGUGCACAGCAAGGCCGGGGGCAGGGCGCCAUCAUUUUCGUAUACAACUAGUGGGUGGGUUACGGGGCCUUGGUUUAAGGCUAGUUAUUGGUUUGCGGCGGAUGAUGCGCCGAAUCGGUGGCAUGGGUAUUUGGGGGGCGAGUGUAUGCCACCCAUGUUGCUACACCCGGUCAAGGACGAAUAAGCGGUUUUCUUUUCUCUUUGGGGGAGGGGGACGCACUGGAUGGACUGCUGUUCAGUAUGAGUAGAAUCUGGCUCAUAUCGUGACGAUAUCUAAGACUUUCCGAUUACAUUCUUUUUGGUCUUGGUUCUAACACAGACAAAAGGAUUUUCAUCGAAGUCUCUUGCUACGCAUCUUCAACGGGCUCCUUAUCCG